GUGUGAAGUGAACCGAAGUUGCUCUCCACCAUCCCGUAGUUCUGAGCCCUACAGGAGUCCUGGGAGGGGCUCCAGCGAGACUCUUGGGGUGGGGAGAGUGGGGGUGAGGGGGUGUUCCGUGGCAGGAUCUCUUCGCUCAAACUCAGCCUUCCAAUUUGUCGCCUGCAGAGCGGACCCUAGUGUGCCGGUUUUUCGACUUCCUCCUGCAUCUCCUUCCUCUUCCUCCAGUGGAGGCAGAUCCCUCUUUCCCUUCCUCUUCCCAUGCUCCCUGCACCCCCGUGUCCCCUCCUCCAGGAAGUGCACUGCCCAGGGUCGCCCACCUCGAGCGGGCGCUGCCCGCCGCGCCCCCUCCCAGCCCGGCUAGCGCAGCGGCCCCGCGGGCACACGCCUCCCCAUACCUUACAUGGACAAAUGCGUGCAGGCAAAGUCAGGAAUUCAGGCCCCUGACGUCAGCCUCCAGCGCUCAGGGCACCGCACGGGAGACCGCGGGGAGGGGGUGGGGAGGAAGGAGGGGGAGAGCACCAACCAGCAGCCGCUCCCGGCCUGCCGAAGUUUCACUUUUUGUCUGUGGGUUCGCUCCCGGGCCCCGCUCCGAGCGUUCCCGGGAUAAGUAGCAUUAGCGGCGGGAAGAACCGGCUGCUGCAAGGUAAGGGCCAGCAGCGGGGACCGAGCACGGGGAGGGCGCUGGGCCAGGCGGAGCGGGCCGCUGCGGGCCGCGGGCCGGGACAAUGGGAGGGGGGAGUGCCCGGCACCUCCUCCUCCGCCCGAGCCUCCGCCUCCAGCCGUCGCGGCCACCGUUGCCCCGUCCUCCUCCUCCCUCAGGUGGGAACUGAAUCAGAGAAGCAGAGAGUCAGCUGGUUCUGCAUUUGACAUCGUUCCCUGGUCCCUCAUUGGAGAGGAGGAAUUUUCCCUUAGCUGAGACUAACACAUCGUCUGGGUGAGCCUUGCCCAUUGUCCAUUCCAAAAGCCAGAAGUUGCUUGAGAUUUCAACCAUGUCUCACCCAUCUUGGCUGCCACCCAAAAGCACUGGUGAGCCUCUUGGCCAUGUUCCUGCACGCAUGGAGACCACCCAUUCUUUUGGGACCCCCAGUAUCUCAGUGUCGACACAACAGCCACCCAAGAAGUUUGCUCCAGUAGUUGCUCCAAAGCCCAAGUACAACCCGUACAAGCAGCCCGGAGGAGAGGGUGAUUUUCUCCCACCCCCACCUCCACCUUUGGAUGACCCUGGUACCAUUCCUCCUGGCCCUGGACACUUCCCUCCUCCUCCACCACUGGAUGAAGGUGCUUUCAAAGUGCAGGGAAAUCCUGGAGGCAAGACCCUGGAGGAAAGACGGUCCAGUCUGGAUGCGGAGAUCGAUUCCUUGACCAGCAUCCUGGCUGAUCUGGAGUGCAGCUCUCCUUACAAACCUCGGCCCCCACAGGGCUCUGCUAGUCUAACAUCCUCUCCUCCGGUGUCUACUCCCGUCACGGGACAUAAGAGAAUGGUCAUUCCAAACCAGCCCCCUCUGACGGCAACCAAGAAGUCGGCGAUGAAACCACAGCCUUCGCCCCAGGCUGCACCCAUCCCAGUGACACCCAUCGGCACUCUCAAACCACAGCCUCAGCCAGUUCCAGCCUCUUACACUACAGCAUCCACACCUUCGAGGCCCACCUUCAAUGUGCAAGUGAAGUCGGCCCAGCCCAGCCCACAUUACAUGGCUGGCCCAUCUGCUGGACAAAUAUAUGGCCCAGGGCCUCAAGGCUAUAACACUCAGCCAGUUCCUCCGUCAGGACAGUGUCCUCCUCCUUCAACUCGUGCUGGUGCCGACUGUGCGUAUAUUCCACCCCCAGGGCAUCAGCCUGAGCCGGGAUAUGGCUAUACCCCCAACCAAGGACGCUAUUAUGAACCGUAUUAUGCAGCAGGGCCUGGUUAUGGGGGCAGAAAUGAUGUGAAUCCUUCUUAUGGACAACAACAAGUUCAGCCUAAUACCUGGAAGCGGGAACCUGGGUAUGCUGCUUCUGGAGCCGGGAAUCAGAACCCUCCCGGGAUGUAUCCCGUCAGUGGUCCCAAGAAGACCUAUAUCACAGACCCUGUGCCAGCCCAGUGUGCACCACCACUGCAGCCAAAGGGCGGACACCCUGGGUCUAUGGGGCCUCCUUCUGUUGCCCCAUCAUUCCGGCCAGAAGAUGAGCUCGAGCACCUGACCAAGAAGAUGCUGUAUGACAUGGAAAACCCCCCUUCUGAUGAAUACUUUGGCCGCUGUGCUCGCUGUGGGGAGAACGUGGUUGGGGAAGGGACAGGAUGCACCGCCAUGGAUCAAGUCUUCCAUGUGGAUUGCUUCACCUGCAUCGUCUGUAACAACAAGCUCCGAGGACAGCCUUUCUAUGCCGUGGAGAAGAAAGCCUACUGUGAGCCCUGCUACAUUAACACUCUGGAGCAGUGCAGUAUGUGUUCGAAGCCCAUCAUGGAGCGCAUCCUCCGUGCCACCGGCAAGGCCUACCACCCUCACUGCUUCACCUGCGUGAUAUGCCACCGUAGCCUGGAUGGCAUCCCGUUCACCGUCGAUGCCUCUGGUCACUUCUACUGCAUCGAGGAUUUCCACAAGGAAUUUGCUCCACGCUGUUCUGUGUGCAAGGAGCCUAUCAUGCCUGCCCCAGGCCAGGAGGAAACUGUCCGCAUCGUGGCUCUGGACCGUGAUUUCCACGUGCACUGCUACCGCUGUGAGGAUUGUGGUGGUCUUCUGUCUGAAGGAGACAACCAAGGCUGCUACCCUUUGGAUGGACACAUCCUCUGCAAGACCUGCAACUCCGCCCGCAUCAGGGUGUUGACCGCCAAGGCAAGCACUGACCUGUAGAGUUGGUCGCCCGCUUCGCUGCCCAGCGUGCGGCACCGAGAACGAAACACAAGACAAAGAUAAGAGAAGAAAUAGAAAAAUAGAGGCAAAGCUCUCAAUCCCUGGGAUGGUCUCUGUUCUUCAUCUGCUGUUAACCGUUUCUUUAGAAGCACAUACAGGAUGAGAUUUGUUUAAGUUCCUACCAAAUACUCAUUUCACAUUUAAUCAUGUAAAGCCUUGAUGAGCCUUUGUUGUAAGGACCUCCACAUUUUUGCACAAGAUUACGCUCCAUCCCAUUCACUUCUGCAUUCCUGUAACUUUUAAUCCCCGUGUUUGUCUCACUUUCCAUCUGGCUGAAUAGGUUUUUAGUGUGGUAUUUGCUGUCACAUGAUGUUUCCUGGGUGGAUAUGCCAGCCUGCAGGUGCCUUUAGCUUGACAUCUCCUCCUGUCCCCUUUCCCUCUGGCCGUGGCCAUGGAAGUCAAGCCAUUCUGUUGCCAGGGGUUGGAAAGGUGGAUUUCCCCAUGGCACUGUACCACUCGUGUCUCUUGGUAAAAGUAAAGGUGGGGGGAGUGCGCAUUCUCUGCUAGGCUAUAAAGAAUGUACUUGAAAAAAUACAUAAAUUUACAGGAGCCCAAAUUUACUUUGCCAUUAUCCAAAUUCAAGGUGUGCAGUGCCCAGUGGUUGACGCUCAUUCGAAUGCAUUUUUUUAGCCUAUAUCUAAUAAGUGAUAGGACCACCAUUCACUACUGAGUUAAAGAGACCACAUGGGAAAUGCUAGCCAAAGGACUGCUUGAAAGCAAUUUCAAAGCGUUUGAAAAGCCCAGUUUAUUUUCAACGAUUCUACCUUGAGCUUUUCGUCUCCAUGCUAUCUGGACAUAAGACAGACAGACUUGCUUUUGGUACAUUUCCAAUUCUGUCUGACACUUCAUCCUUACAAGGACUGUGAAUUUUCCCCUACCACACACACGUGGUUCCUACAAUUAACAUUUAUCUACAGAGAGAUAUGUAUUAAGAGAAAUCAAAUUCUUCUCUUUCUUUCAUUUUAUAAUAACCCAAAUCUAUUUUUUUUUGAAAACUGCAAAUUUGGACCCAUAAAACGAAGUUACAUAACCAUGUUUCCUCUUCUUUGAAAAAGAAGGAAAAGCUGGGCAAAGAUUGCGAAACCAGAGUUUUAUUAUUCUGACAAUCCUUCUGUAGCUCAAGUACAUAUUGCAGGAGACAUUUUCCUAUCUUCAGCGUGACAUUUACACCACACUUUCAAAGACAAUCCCUGAAAACAAAAUUGUCUUCCUGAGCUGAAAAUAUGCAGAAUGCCUGACUAGAGUCUUUAUGCGAACUCUUAUUAGCCAGCGAAACGCUUGCUUGCCAACUGGAGCCAGUUUGCUCGGUGGAGAGGAGACACUUCGCUUAGCAAUAGCAGCUGGCCAUUUUGUGAACUCACGGUUCUCUAUCUUGGGAUGAGAUUUCCCAAUCCUUUCUUUAAAUCUUCUACAAAUAUAUACUUUAAAUUAUGGAAUACUUUAAAUAUACAGAAGGGUAUAAAUAAUAAUAUAAUGAAUCCCUCUGUAGCUAACACCCAGUCCUAGACAUAGAGAAAUAUAGCCGCCUUAAAUCCCAAUAUACCUUUUUAUUUCUUUAUGCGGUCGGUGCUGGGAGUUGAGCUGGGGCCUCAAGUGUUGGCAAGCACCAUCCCACUCCUGGAUCCCCGGCCCUUCUGUGUCUUUUUAUUUUUUUUUUUAAAUCUUUAUGACAUGAUGAUCUUCUAGUCUGACAGUUUUAAUUUUAACAUUUAGAGCCAAAAAAUUUUUAAUUGCUUGUGCAUGUUUCAAAUUGCAAACCCAUGCCUCAGGAAUUCUUUGUAAAGUUGAUUUUACUUGAAUAGAAGUCAUCAGAAAAGUGAUUAAAAGAAACCCUUAAGCUUUUGUCACUCAGCUCGUCUGGGUCAAUGUGGGGCUUCUUUAACUUUUUUCACUAAGCAGUUUGCAUGCUAGAACCCCUAAAGCUGGAUUUCAGGGGGCACCCUCUACUGCCUGCUCUUACCUGCUUCUCUUCUCUGGAGAUGCACGAAGGGCAGCUUGUGGAUUUCAGGAUAUGGUGGGUGGUGGCUCUAUCCCUGAAUUCCUGUGUUCCAGUUGAGAGGCUCAGCUGUGCCAUUGACCUUGGAGAACUCUGACUGUCGGACAGUCGAGGUGGCAAUACAGUCCACUUGAACUGACCAAAAUCUUCAACAUGAAAUUCAGGAAACUGUCUUGAUGCCAAAAGUAGGGUCCAGUUUAAUGAGGGCAGGAAUUAUAUCUAGAAAGGCAGUAAUAUUGCUAUAAGUUUAGACACCAGAGGAAGAAUUUAUGUACUAUUUAUACUAUAGAGCAAUAACAUCAUGUGUGUAUUACAUUUAACUACUUCCCGAACCAGAUGCUUCCAUGCAAUAGUUGCAAGGAUUGCCACCACCGUUUCUCCCCUGAGGUCUUAGGACAGAGCUCUGCCUGCUUACAGCCAUCCCCGUGCCUUCUCACCAUGUAACCUCAGAGUAGCUUUACCAAAGAGUUUUAAAGUGAAUUUCUUUUUAAUAUAGACAUAUACUUUUAUAAUAACGAACGUGCACGUACACAUAUACAGAAAUAUUAAGAAUUAGAUGUUUUUCUUUCACAAGGUCUAACCAUGUAAAGGAUCCUACAACUUCACUCUGCAAUUUCUUUAAUAUAUGAUUUGCCUUGCUUUCAUAUUUUUUUACUCUGCAUUUGAUUUCAGCAAUACCAAGUCAUUCUACUCGUUACUCUGUUAGCUACGUAAAGUUUUGCCUACUGUAGAGAUAUAAAGAUCGUAUUACUUUAAUGAUUAUACACAGUCUUUUGAUAUAUUGCCUUACUAUCAUUUAAAUACAUAAAUAGAAAAAAUAUGUCUGUAACUGAAAACUUGUAAAAUGCUAUCUGAAUUGUUUAAAUAUCGAGAGCACAAACACUUUGUUCUUCUUUAUAAAGUGUGAUAUGUAGGACAGGGGGAAAAAAGACCCACUGUCAUGGGCUCUGCAGAGAACAUUUCAAAAUAAGAUUCUAUUUCUAGAGUGGUGGGGAUGGCUCUCUAAGCCUUGCAUCAAACAGACAAGUGCUCUCCCAUAGCUAAGCCUCCCAUCCAGAACAAGAUUUUGCAACUGUUUGGAAUCCCAUCUCAGACUGGCUCAAUAUGGAGCUGGGCAAACAAAAUCGCCUUUAAAACUCAUAAAUAAGUCGUCCCGAGUCCUAACUCAAGGCCUCCACGUUAAUGAAACAUUGCCAUCUCUGCAGCUCAAAGAUGUGGGUUUUUUCCCCCUGUCACCAGCACAUUGUCGUCCCUGUUGGAAUGACUUCUAUGAUCAAAAUGACAACAUGGGUUAUAUGCUGAUUAAUGAAAUGGACUUAAAAACACUAAUUGUUUUCUAUGGGAAAAUCUGCAGAUAUGUCUAUGGUAAGCUGUUAAAAACAUACGGACCUUAAUGACGAUGAACAGCUAUUUUGUAUUAGGGUCCAGGGGAGGGGGAGCACACUCUGUAUGUGGCUGCAAUAGAGCAUUGGUACACCAGAGACAGGCCUCCGCCAACACAACCGUCAACCAUCUUCCUACUUACUACAAAUCCUAUUAAUGUGAACCAGUCGGGAAGAACAGUGUUAUUUCUAUUUGAUAUGGUUUGGGCUUCUUCUGUCAGCUCUGUGUCGGUUGCCCCCUGAUCCUUCCAUUAUCAAGUUUUGAAGGGUGUUGGGCAAAUUAUGGCAGCUGCUAAGGAGAUCAGGGAAACACUGAUGCCACCUCCCAGCCUCUCACCAUCCCUCUUGGCUUGGAAAGGCAUAUUUUUUUAUAUAUACAUGUCUAGAAAUAUUGCCAUUCUACCUUAGUAUUUCACAUUUGUAGUUUAAACAAGUGAUUGUCCAUCUGUUGCCUCGAGCUACAGUACAUGUGUGUUAUGAAUGAAAUAUGACAGCAUGUUCCAUACCCCUGCUUCAGCCAUCUGUAGACAACCAGCAACCGAAAAAGAUACCUCUGCAAAAUGUGCCUUGAGUCCUGUCCUGGGAUGGCUCUUUGGGUGCACUUUCCUGAGAGACAAUCAGAAGCCACCCAUAAGUGUGCCUUAUUCUUAAAUAAUCUGUUUACACUACUAUGACUGUUGCUCAGUAUAGAAAUACUAAAUCCCAGAGCUUCAUGAUAUCACACACAGACACGAGGCAGGGGGAAUGGAGAGAGAAAACUGUAGCACUUCCGUCUUAGGGUACUGUCUUCCAUUUGGAGGGACCUCAUGGGUGUCUGUGAGAGCGUGCUCCCUGCCAAAGAGCUAUGUUGGGUGUCCUAAGUGCUUGUGAUUGGAUCUUCCUCUUGUUUUGCUAGAAUAAUAAUACCCAUUCACCACAUACACCUUUAAAUUGGAUUGUUUAUUUGAAUUAAUAAGGAGCAGUCUUGAUUAUUGAGCAAGUUAUAAUUGUGGGACAACCAUGAAUAUUUCCAGACAAGUGAUUUAGUUGACUGAUAAUUGGAAUGGACGUGCUUGUGGUGCGGUUGGUUUGGUUGGCAUAGCUGUAUUUCAGAUCUUUUACGAUUAACCUGGCCAAAGCUGCUGUGAUUAAUGCAAUUGUUUAGGCCUUGCUUUCUCCUCUUCUCUCCUUUCUCACCUCCCUCCCUCCGCUUAUUCCUUCUUUCCAUUGUACCUACUGUUGCUGCCCUAUUUGGCCCGUCUCGUUAGUUAGGAUACUAUACCAUUACAAUUGCAUUAAAGGAGAAAGGCUACCAGAACAUAUGCUUACCAUCCAGACAAAACUUGUUUUACGGGUGCGUACUCUUUCAGUUGCGUCUGUUCCUAGAGGGAGCUGCCGUCUUUCCACUGUAAUUUAAUCAGUCCUUAUCGAGGACUUCGGUAGUAGAGUCCUUUAAAACUGAACCAGUGUUUUCACUCAUGUGUAUGCAAAGAGAUCUCUCUAAAGCUAGACUAGGAUUUCUUUUUAACACAAGCACAUACAUGUUGACCACAAAAUACUUGUAUUUUUAGUGGUAGAACAUCAUGUUGUCCCUUUGACAUGACUUGAUAAUUUUCCUUGUGGUAAGGGGAAGCUACUAACUUUGAACAUUGCAGCGCUUAGCCCAUGGUCCAUAUUAAAUAAUAAUAAUUGACUCUAUUUGCAAGGGAUAGUUUAACACUAGGAUUUUCCUUAGAAUGUAGAUUGUUUUGCAGGCAUAUUUUCCCUUAGCACAGAGGAGAAAGAUACUAAUUUACUUUUCUGUUCUAAUUUUUCCUUUUUUAUGCAAAAAUUUGAGACAAUAUUUUAGUUAGCCACCAUGCGGAUGACUAAUUGUGGAGAGCUAUGUAAAAGACACACUUUUAUCCACGUGAUAAAUCUUUGCUCCAAUCUUUGCUCUUUGUUUCUUCUGAUUGUUGUUUCUUUUAUAGCAGUAUCUAAGCUGAAUGAUAAGUAUCUUUACUGCUAGCAUUUGUUAAAAAUUAGCAUACAACGAAUAUUAAAAUUCUUUUAUAAUAUUUAGAGUAAAUGGCUAAGUUAAGUUUUCCAAGCUACCCAUCCACUUAGAAGCAAGCUAAAACUCCCUUUACCAAACUCGGAUAGCCAUCUUCUGUGCUCCAGUCGAAUAUUGUUUAAAUGGCCACAAAUGCACUCUAUGAACUUGUCUUUGAACAGAACUUCUAAAUUCAGUUCUCAAUCCGAGAAGCAGAAUGUUCUGCCAAGAAU